GAGAGUCUAAAGGGACUUAUUCGGGCAGCCUGAUAAUAAGGAAUUGCUAUAGUCCAGCCUAGACAUAAUAAAUGCAAGGACUAGUUUUUCUGCAUCAUUUUGAGACAGGAUGUGCCUGAUUUUUGCAGUGUUUCGUAGGUGAAAGAAGGCAGUCCUUGAAGCAUGUUUCAUGUGUGACUUAAAGGAUAAAUCUUGAUCAAAGAUAACUCCAAGGUUCCUAACGGUGGUGCUCACAGUGACAAUGCUAACAUGCUGACUUUCUGCAGGUAAUAAUUACCCGGUUCACCAUCUUUGUUUAGCUUGUUAGCAUGCUAAUAUUUGUUAAUUAGCAGCAAACACAAAGUACAGCUGAGGUUGAUUGGAAUGCCUUUAGUUUUGCAGUUAUUUAGUCGUAAACCAAGUAUUGCACAAAUUGAAACUUUGACCUGAUGAUGGCACUAGAGGAAAGGUCAGGGGAUCACCAAAGUCAUUAGAAUGUAUUUUUUAUGGAACACGAAUAUCUGUAGCAAAUUUCUUAGUGUGACUGGCCGGCUGGCUAGCUAGCAACCUCCGCAGGUGCUAGCUUGCUGUCGCGCCAGUUUGUGGAGCUUCUCUUUGCUGUUUUGGUGAGGUAGAGACUUGACUCGCUGUCAAAACACCCCACAGGAGAACAAGUCAGAAAACCACAGGUUCCCAUUAAUUUUAUGAAUUUUAUAAUGAACAUUUGUGUUGUUAUAUUUAAACUAUCCAUCAACAGGGAAAUAAAUGCCUCUUUUCUAUGAGACUGGUCACUUGACAGAUCUUCAGCCAGCUCACUGGCCUGGCAGACCAACCAGCGCCUUCAGGUACCAGUCCAGGUCCGGAACUGGGUCCAGAGGUCGGUGUGUUUACCAGGGAAACUGUUAACUCAUAGUCCUUCAGAAUUAACAUUUCCCAUUACUCAACAGCACUCUGAUAAACAUUAAAUUCAUCUAAUUCAGUGCAUGGGAAAAAUUUUCAUGCCCACGGGAAACUUUCUUGUGAGCACGGGAUAGUUUCUGGUGAGUACUAGAUAGUUUCCUGUGCACACCAGAAACUAUUAAGAUUACUAUUACUAAGAUUUUUUUUUUUUUGCCCAUGUACCGUUUGGGGCUCCGUUCAAUCCAUCCAAUAAUUGUCGAGAAAUUUCACUCUGCACCAAAAAGGUCAACCUGCCAGUGGUGUUAGAGAAAAAGUCAGGGGAUCACCAAAUGCAUCAUCUGGCAACCAUGGAUAUUUCAUUCUUUAUUUUAUCAGUAAGUAAUCAGUAACAAAAUAAUUUAUUAUAUUUUUCAAGCAACAGGCCCAAUACUAAUCAAUGAUUCCUCACCUUUGUCAUACAUGUCUGUCCUUGUUUUUGGACUGUUUAGCAGUCCUUCUAACAGUGAUAAUCUAAUAGUCAAAAAUAGUCAGUUCAUUGUUCACUGUAGAACCACAUGCUGCAUCAUGAGACAUCUUUCUCCCUGCAGCUUCAAAAUCCAUUUCUGCUGCAAUGGCCUCAAUAAUCAGCCUGUUUUCAACAGCUCUCUAUCUGUCCUUCUUCCUCCAUCCUCCUCACUGUUCCGGUCCUCCCCACUUCCUUUCUCACCUUUGCACUUGUUAUUGCUUCUUCUUUACCUCUCACCCCCCCUCAAGUUAUUCUCUGUUAUUUAUCUUUUCACAGCUGUUAGACAGGAAAGACAAUAUUGUGGAGUUCCCUCUCUCUCGUCCUUCUGACUUUUUUUAUCCUACCUUCCUCUAUUUCUCUCCCUAUUUCUUCUAUUUUUACCAUCUCUCUAUCAGUCUUUUAGUUGCUUAAUUCCUUAGUAUCUUCUCUUCUUCCUAAUGACUCUUAUCUCCCUCCAUCCUCCCUCCCUUUCUUGCUACUCAUUCUCCCUCACUAUCUCUCACCCUACCUCCCACUUUACCUCCCUCCUCUCUCUCUUUGUCUCUCUCUCUCCUCAGAUUCUGUGUCUCUCGUUCAUACACCACAUCAACAGCUACCAUCCCCACCAAGCCAGGCAGAGGAUGUUUACUUUAUGCUUUUAUCGUAUGGCAGCCUAAUGACCCUUAAUUGCUUCAUUUGCUUAACAAGCUCAGGGCCGGGAACCAACGCAGCGAGACUCAAUCCGACCAGCCAGCCCAGGACUGGAACUGGAGCAAAGGGACAGAUCAGACAGUGGUAGAGACAGGAUCGGUAGAGGCGAGUAUUUUUCGAUGGAGUUUUGAUGGAAAAGAGGAAUAGAUGAAUAUAGAAAAUGCAGGAAUAGGGUGGUUGCUUCACUCUGGGUUGCAACGUUUUCAAAGGAGACACUGCAGACAGUGGACUGCAGCAUUAGAGAUGCAUUUCCCUUAGAAAUAGGGUGUUAAUUUGUGUCAGUUUAGAGAAGAAGCAGAGUAGAUGCAGGUACGAGAGGAAAGGAGGUUCUUAGGUUAAAGGUUAAAAAGUCGGCCUAUAUUAAAGGUUAAGAAAAGAUAUGGCAAACGAAUACAGGUGAAGGUCCAAGAGGUGUAGUGAAGUACAGUAGAAUGCAGCAGAGUAGAUUUCAUUAGAGGACAAGUACUUUUGGAAGAUACACAGGAGGGUAUCUAAGGGAACAGCUGAGUAGAGUUCUCUUGAAAAGUAGUAAGUAAUUACAUGGAAAUGGAACAUUCUGGGACUUUCUAAGUGAAGAAGAAAAAUUUAGAAAAGAGUACAGCUAAGAAGAAAGCAGAGAGUAGAGUAGAAACAAGAAUAUAGUGGACUUUGAAUCACGGCCAUGGAGCUGUUGGAGACAUUCUACCGCAGGAAACUCCGGAAGAAGCAGAAGAAAGCAGAGCUGGGCCGGUCGGACGGGACACUGUGUCGGUCGCCGUCAGAGGCCAGUGUCAACAGCCUGGCUACCGGCCUCAUCUCCAAAGUCCUAAGGUUCACUUCCAGACGCAGUGAGCCAGCAUCUCGUCCUAAAUCGUGGCAUUCAACGAAGCUCAGUGAAGGUCAGCAGGAAGUGGACCAGGGAGGGAUGGACAUGAUGAGCAGUGCCUGGCACCACAGCUACCAUGCCAGUGCCUCGACCACUGAUCUGUCCGGUGGGUUUGACUCUGGCGGCAGCUACCUGAGGAAGAGUCCAGACCAGUACAGCUCUAGGGGCAGCAUGGAGAGCCUGGACCCGCCUCAGUCCUCCCAGCUCCACUCCGGAGCUCAGCACCACCAUCCACUGGCCAACCCCACCCACAGAGGACCCCACCCAGCCUAUUCCUCCUGCCACCAGUUGUCCUCUUCCAGGUCCUCCAACAGCAUCGACCACCUCCACAGCAAACGAGACUCCGCCUACUCCUCCUUCUCCACCAGCUCCAGUAUCCCAGAGUACCUUGCCUCCACCCCCUCUUUCAGCCCAGAGCGCUCCUAUUCUCUGGAAACUGUCCCUCAGAGAGGAGGAGGAAGUGGAGAGAUGCAACAGGCUGACAUGCGUUACGUCCAGAUGGUUUACAACGCCGAGCAGGGCUUAUCUCAAGAGCGUGAGUUGAGCUCCACCUCCUCUGCAUUGCUACGUAACAGCGAUUCCAAAGGCGGGGUAGGGGAGAGGCCAGGGCUAAGCCGAGAUCUGCAAGGUUCAGUGGGCGGGGUCUUUUACCAUGGCAGCAGCGGUGGUGUACCGGCUUCCAACAGGCACAGUGUGGGUCCAAUAUGGGACCCGGCAGCCAGCCACAGCUCCUACGAGAUCCUGAAGGGGGCGCCGGCUCCACCAAGGCGCAGCGAUAGCUACGCAGUCAUCAGGAACCACAAGAGACCAAACUCUUGGUCCAGUCUGGAGCACGCCCGGUCACUAAGGUCUUUGCAGAAAGGUUCCUGGCAUCACUCCAGUGGCCCUGUGGCCUCAGGUGCAGCUAAAGGCUCGUACAGCGCUGAGGGUCAGCUUCACACAGUGAUAGAGAAGAGCCCAGAGAGCAGCCCCACCACAAAGCCCCGGCAGGGUGGAGGCUUUCCCCAGCCCCCAUCCCUCACAGGACCUGCAGGCCCCACCCCCCAGUCUGGCCGGCUCAUUCUGCCCCAAUAUGCACAGAUGCCCAGUGCCAACCCUGGGUCAGGCUCCUUCGGCGUCUACCCCGCCCUGGCCAAGGAGAGCAGCCGACAGCAGCACCAGGGGCUGCAUGGCAUCGGAGGGAGAGAGGAAGGAGCGACAGAGGGACAGGGGGAUGGAAGUAUGACAGCUACAGAAAAUGGAUACCAAAAUAACACUUCUUCUUUACCAUACCCCUAUUCCUCUUCUUCAACAUCUGCCUCUACACAGCUCAGGACUCAAGUACACAAGGCAGACAGGCCUCAACAAGAUGAGUCUAACUUUGGACCCUACAGACCCCACCUGAAAACUGCUGGAGGGGGAUCAGAGAGACAGACAGGGGCCCAAAGACCCCAAAACCACCAGGGACCUCACAGUCAGAGCUUCCAAGGGUCCCAUAUUCAUACAAGCCAGAGACCCCACAGCCAAGUAUUCCAGGAACAGAACCAGGAUUUCCAUAUUCCCUAUAUCCAGUUGACCCCUGGACUCAGGCCCCCAUCCUCACAACAGUGGAGGGACCCCUGCACACCUGUCCAGUCCAGGGGAGACAGGAGCAGAUCAGUGGACCAGACCAGCAUUGAUUCAGAGCUAGUGGUGUCCUCCAGGCUCACUCAAGGACAGGUACCACCUACCCACUUACCUGUUCAACCUCAGCCUCAGGCUCCACCCCCCUCUGCCUCCCAGCCUUCUCCCCAUCACCUCAGUGGCUCAGCAGCUCUGCAGUACCAGCACUGGGACCACAGAGAGCGGGACAAAGACAGAGAAAACCCACUGACCCGUCUGGAGAUCGCCCUCACAGAGGUCCAGCAAUGCGCCAGCCCUGACAGUGUCAUCUCUGCCAGUAGCCAUGACAACAGUAGCUGUGGUGAUGGUAGUCAGGGACCUGCCCACAGCCUCUCUGUCCUGGAAAAGAUCAGUUGUUUCGAGCGUUGGGAACAUGACGGAAAGCAGCGCAGUCACAGUACCACCAACAUACACAACAAAGCCACCCAUCGGAGGAUGAUCAGUCGCAGUGCCGCCUGUGGAGCAGAUGACCUCAGAAACAUGCUGGAGAGAUGCACCAAUGGGACCAAAGCCCACAGGACUCUGAGCUACAGAGGAGGUAGCAGUGAACACAUAAAAUACAGGAACCCAGCAGAUCCCAGAGGAGAGGCUGAACAGCUGGACAAAUCCAGGGAGGGUGACAACAGCAAAGACUUCUCCUGGAGACAGGACAUCCAAGACAUGCUGGGCUCUAUGCAGGACACAUCCUUCCGCAGGUCAGAGUCCUUCAGCAGGUCAGAGUCCUUCAGCAGGUCAGAGUUCUCCUGGUCAGAGUCCUUCAGCAGGGAAACUUUGAAAGAUGGCCAGUCUAAGGUCGUGCGGUCCACCUCCUUCAGACGGAGAGACCUCAGGUCCUCAAUCAGCCCUCCGCCUCCUGCAGCUCCUCCUCCCAUCUCCUCUUCCAGUAGCCAUCAGCCUCUGCCCGUAACUGCCAAGCACCACUCACUGGAGAAAAAAGGCCCAAAAACCAUGCCCAAACCACAGGGCAUCGUCAUCACGUCACAGUCGCCACCACUGGUCACUUCCCUUCACACCCCGAAGGAGCAGCAUGUGGUCAGCCCGGAGAUUCGAGGCCCAUGCCCCCCAGCCCUCCCCAGUGUCCUGCCUGUUGGACCUCCUGGUCUGAUGCGGAUCUGUGGCCGCAAGCGUCUGGCAGCGGACCAGAAGAAGCGCUCAUACUCAGAGCCAGAGAACAUGAACAAGGUCGGGGUUUCGGAUGCCGAGACUGCCGCCAUGUUCAGGCGUGGAGGAGAGACCAGCGUGGCAGACCGGCGGAAGAUGUUUGAGCUUGUGGCAAGUCGUGUCGGGGGCAGGUCUCCGCAAAAUGCCACGUCAAGGCACGACCUACGGCAGCUUCAGCACAACGCUCUGGCUGAGUAUGUGGAGAAGAAGAGAGGCAUGAAAAGAGAUGACGGAGGAAAGAGGAGUGGACUGAGGCCUUGCAGUGCUUAUCUACAGCCUGAAAACAGCAAUCAUACAGACACCAUCAGCCUCUCCUCCACCUCCAGCCUGCUCUCGCUCCAGGACUCUGGCACAGAUCGAAGCUUCUCCUCUGGAGAGCGGCGUCUCUGCUCCACCCUCCCUCCUGGAGCCGACCUGCAGAGCUUCCAAUCCAAUCUCUUCUACCCGGGCAGGGUGACCACUCCAAGGCCUCCAGUGCACCCACCGCCUAGUGCUCCUUCUGGCUCGUCUCCUGAGCCCCAGGCCCAGAUCAUCCGGAAUCUCACACCUGAAACAGGGCUCAGUGGACAGUCCACCAGCAGAGACUCAGGCCUGGGCCACCAGCAGCUGGCUGCAGAGCCUCAAUAUAACCUGGGACUGUCCAAGCAGCUCAAUGAGGCCCUGCAGAGGGCCGGGUCAGCUCGGGGCUCCAGGAAGUCGGCUUCUGCUGAUGAUCUCCUGGAGAGAUCCGAGGAGAGACAAACGACUACUCUACACUACCACUCCUGCUCCUCCCCCAUAGUAGAGAGACUGAACCAGGACUUCCCUCCAGGUGACAUCAGGAUGUUUGGUGUUUUCAUUUCUGAACCUGGACGCCACUCUCUGGCUGAGGACAGACCUGCAGACAUCCAGGUAUCAGAGCACCUUGUCUCUCCUCAACACUCCCAGAACAGUCUGAACACCAUCCAGCCUGCAGGACCUUCGCAAGACCCAGGCUCUUCCUACACUCACGUCACUCGUAGGGAGCGACAAAGGAGCAGCGAGCGGCAGCGAGCGAACAACACCUCCACCUUGGCGGCCUCCGUUGGCCUGCCCUGCCCUUUCACCCCAUCUGGGACUCAGUAUGGAGGCAGCGCUGAGUGGCAUGCUAGCGAGAGGCUGAGCCAGGCCAACCUGGAUGCUAUCACCUUCCCAGGCAUCUCACCAACCAGCACAGGAGAUGGCGAUAACAUUACUGAAUACAAUGAAACCCUGGUGAUGGACAGAAAGACAAGACACAGUUUGAGUGAUGCCUGCAUAUUAGAAGACACUGCAAAGGACAUGUACAGAGGGAGAGCCUUUAGUUUAGAGAUGAGUGGAGGGCAUUCUGCAGAAAACACCAAACAAGUUUCACCAGUGACGCCAACCCCCCUUCCCCAUUUCCAGCUUGCAGCCCCACCAAACAGGAAGAACAGCAGUAGCACCACAUUGUCUCCUCCCCCAUUCUCAGCUCUGACCACUUGCCACCACAUGUCCCCAUUGCGAAUCUCUGAGUCCAGCCUGUUCAGCCCCAUCGACCUGCAGCAACCACUAGAAACAGGCCUAUCGCAGGAGGACUUUGACGAGGUCUUCCUCCAAAAUCCUGCCCCUCUGUCACCUUCUCCACCAAUCAAACAGACAAGCAUUAUGGAGGACUUCCCUCCUCCUCCUCCCCUCGAGUUGGAGCAGGAAGCUGGACACCAGACUGUGGGAAGUCAUAGCAUGGAGUUCUUAAACAACUCCAUCAUUCCCACCAGGAAGUCAUCCCUCCUCUCCUCUCCAACGUCCCCCUCCUCCUCUGUCUUUCCUCUGCCUGUGCCCAGCCUCCUUCCUUCCCUGAAGCCUCAGCCCUCCACCAUCACCUCCAUCACCACAUCCACCACAACCGACGACGGCCUCGGUCUUCAGUACCAGCCCCUCCCCAAGAGGGUAAAGACAUCCGAGGAGCUUCGAGCAGAGGCGCUGGCCCGGCAGCUGGUGUUGCAGGACCCCUCUCUGGCGCCCCUCCUGGACACAUGGGGGGGUAAAUCCACUGUAGAGCUUAUGGAGGAGAUCUUUCCAAACGGAAGAUUGGUUGGGAAAUCACCAUGGCAAUGUAGGGGCAGUAGCCGAUUAAAUGACAGGAUUCAAGAUGGCGUCUUGAAUCAGAGCACAGCGACAGAUCGAGGCAAGGAUACCGAUCUGGAUGAGGAUAAGAAAGACCUCAACACCAGGAAGGUGGAGCUGUGUGAGGCUCUGAGGUGUAGCGUGGCAGCUCUGCGGCAGGAGAAGGAGGCAUUGUGUGAGGAACAGAGAUGUCACCAGGCACUGGGAGCGAGAAUCGAAAUGCUGGUGCAGGAACACCUCAAACCCAACGAGCGGGACAAGUACAGCAUGUUCGUCGGAGAUCUGGAGAAGAUCGUGAACCUGCUGCUGUCUCUGUGCAGUCGGCUGUCGAGGAUCGACAGAUCUCUACUUGCUCUGGAGAGAGAGGAGCUGAUGCAGGAGGACGUAGCAGAGGAGAGGGACUCCCUCCAUCACAAACGCUCUAUACUCCUUUGUCAAACUGAAGAUGCCCAGGAGCUGAAGGAGAACUUGGACCGGCGGCAAUGCGUGGUCCAAGCUAUCCUGUCCGGCUACUUCACCGAACCGCAGCUCCAGGACUACCGUCGCUUCAUCAGCACCAAACCCUCCCUUCUGAUUUGCCAGCGGCACCUCGAUGACCACAUACGACAGGCGGAGGAGCAACUGACGCGAUUGGCCGAGAGCCUGCCACUGGAGCUGGCUGAAGCUCACGGUUGGUCGAGAGCUUGUCCGUUCUCAUCGUCAAGCCCUGCCCCCUACUCUUCUCCUUUUCCGCCGCAGCUUCCUCCCUCUGUGAUUCCAGGCCCCACCCACUCAGUCAGGUCCACCACUGUGACAUCACUGUGAUGUCAUGGACAGGCCGCUAUUACGAGUGGCAGUGAAGGACGGGAAAAGAAGAAGAGACAAUUGGCUCCCUAAAAACUCACUCAGAGCUCGAGAGAUGCUCUAAGUUGAAGGAGCAAUUUACAUUUAGGAAGAGUUGGCCUUAAACGGGCUCUUUUCACACUGAAACAACUAUGCAGACUUCACAUGUUGAAGAAAAGCCUUUAAUGUGCCUCAUUGUAUUCACAUCCGACUGUACGUUACACCUCUGUUCACCUCAACAUCACCAUGCAGCACUGUGUGGACUAAACUGACUGCUGCCAACAUUUCUAAUUAUCCUCUGCUCUGAAAGGUGAUUUUUAUGGGCCAUCAGGUGUUUUCAGAUUGACGAGAUUUAAAGCUGUAAAUGCAAAAUUCAGCUUUAAUUUAUGUUCCAUUUUCCAGAUAGAUCAGAAACCCCCACAUUUACAGAAAUGUUACAAAGGACCUCUGGCCCUGCAUUCAUCAACAACAUGAGAACUCUUCAGCUGUAGGCGCCAGAGGGGUUUAAUAAAACUGACCAUAAUCCUGGCGCAGACAGGUGAAUUAAUAGUAAAAGGAUAGAAAGUUAUUUUUAAAAGUCAGCAAAAAGUUCCAAUUAUACUGGAAUUGUCCUUUAACAACCAUGGUGUUUUCAGGAAACUCAAACAUUCAGACGUUCCUCCAGGAACUCUUUAUUUCUAAUGACAAGACAAAUUGAGCAGGUGUGUUAUGUCCCAAAGAUAAAAUACAAUCAUCUUUAAAAUAAAAUAUAAUUUUGUCAUCUUGUCAAACCCUCCUGAGAUUUUUACAAGGCCUGCUCAGCUUUCGCACAUGUACAGUCAACUUACAAAAAUAAAUUAACACCAAAAUUGGAGGGACACUGUUUUUAUUUUACAGAAACACAAAGAAAUACCCAAAACUCUGAGAUAAUCAGAAACUGAGUGUACAGAUCCUAAAAGGUAACUGCUGUUACUGCUGAACUGUUAUGAUCACUGUCACAUGAUACUGUAACACUACUACUGUCACUACUGCCUAUAUGUCUGGAGCUGUAGCACUUUUUAGCAGUUUUUACACUGAAUGAUAAACAUCGUUCUACUUAUGCCUCUUUAAAAGUUGAUGUGAUGAAGCGUUUGUUGUCAAAAAAUGUUUUUCUCGGGAGAAAUUGUUUGCCGAUCUCAACUUGGUUUAUUUUUGGAUUUGAGGUUUAGUUUGAUUCAAAAAUCAAUUAUUUUUCAGUUUCAGCAUUUUACUAGGGCCACAACUGCAACAGUUACCUUAAUUUCCAAAUAAUUAAUAUUUUUUUUAAUUAAUUGGUCAGACAUCAAGUCCAUAGAAUGUUAAGAAAAACAACAAAUACCAUGAUUUACCAAACCAAAAGAUAUGUAAUUUAUAAUAUGAAACACAGAAAAGAAACAAAUCUUAACUUUUAAUUGAUAAAUAAUGUAAAUAAUAAGCCCAUAAGACAUUUUAAAGGAGCACUCCAGAUAUCUUGACUUCACACCCCAAAAACACUAUAUAAUGCAACUUGAUAGCAUCUUUUAUUAGACAUUCCCUGCCUGAUAAAUGCCCUUAACUUUUAAAUUCCACACCUCCAGUUUAUAACACAGGAUCAGGUUUAUAUUUGAGUCACAUGUUUUUAAAAAUAUUUAACUGUCAGUUUUGCAAUGUAGCAGGUGCCAUUUGGCUUCCCUUCAGUUCAAUUCAUCUGGGGACUCCAAAUGGCAUAAAGAGCAUCCGUUUUACAAAAUCAAUAUUUAUUGUUUAAUUAACAGUAGCAGCAGUGUGUGGAAUCUAAAAUACAGAGACGGUACUUAGUUGAAGUACUGAUCAGUGCAUGUUUUUACCAAGUGGCGACCUCUGGGGCUAAAAACUGCAAUUUUUCAAAUGGCCACUUGAGACUGGCUCAAAAAGUGAGUCUAUCUCCAUAAACCCCCAUGUUAAAAUGCCCAACUUCACAGCAGAAAUAAACAUGUUUACAGCCUGGUACAAAAAAUGGCUUUGGUCUCUAUAGCUAAUUUCUCCAUUUAUGACAGCUCUACGGGGGUGAAUUUUUAUAUAACUCACCCGUAAAUUAUAUUAAGUGCUUAAGUUUAUGCAUAAUUAAGGACAUGGCCGCCUUGAGUGACACAUGGGUGCCGUCACAGGUAGCUGGUUUUAGAAACCAGGCUUCAUUUGUCCCACCUCAGUUCCACCCACGCUCCACCGCUUUGCCCAUUUUUGGAUUAGCCGGGAGCCGGUGGAGUCAGGGACUGCCAAGAUGGUGUCGGCUGGAGCCACCACACUGAGCUUCACACUGGCUCCUCAGAAACCUAUGGCUGACGUCACGAAGAAUACAUACAUAUUUUAUACAGUCUAUGGUUUUUACCUGUUUUUCACUCUGAACCGUUUCAUUCUAUAGCACAUGAUUCAUUUGACUGCUGUAUGCUGUUUUUCAUAUUCUCAAAAAACUUAACACACAAUCUUCCUUAUGUCCUCAUCAAUAACCCAGAUUUUACUGGUGAUUAUUGUUUGUUCAUUGUUAUUUGCAGACGCACAACAGAAUAUCUCAGCCUCAGAUUUUUUUGUUUGUUGUUGAAUGAAAUUAAGUGUUUGCUUUAUGAAAGAAUAACGAUUAAACAACAGCUCCUGGUUUUUGCAAAAUAAAUGUAUUUUGUAAAUGA